AUGCAGGCCUAUCUUCAGUACCGCCGCAUUGGCCAUGCCGUGCGCCAACAGCUCGAAGAUUUCCCGGAGUUUGCCCGACCAGGCGUCGCCAAAGAUGACCUGCCGGAGGGGAUCCCCAGAGAUGCUCCCAACGCAGUUUCGCGCCGCCGUUCCAGUCCGCUGCUGCCGGGCGUGCAGCUGAAGGACGUAGUCGACAACGAUGGCUCGUCCUCGUCCGUCUUGCUCGUCGACUGGGACGGUGACCAUGAUCCCAUCAAUCCGCGCAACUACAGCCGCGCCACCCGCAUCGGCGCAACCCUGAUGGUGUCCGCGCUGGGUUUCGCCGUGGGUGCGGCCUCGUCCAUCGAAUCUGGCGUGCUUCCCCAGAACGCAGCAGCCUUUAACAUCAGCGAUGUCGUCGCAUCGCUCGCAACGGGCAUGUAUCUGCUUGGCUUCGCAGCAGGCUCGCUCGUCUCUGGACCUCUGUCCGAAAUUCUAGGCCGCAAUGCCGUCUACACCGGCUCCCUCACGCUAUUCAUGAUCUUCGUCAUGGCCUCAGGACUGGCCCCCAAUAUCGGCGCACAGCUCGCUUUCCGCUUCCUGGCUGGCAUCUUCGGCUGUCCACCAUUAACCUGCGCCGGCGGCACCAUCGCCGACCUCUGGAACCCCCUGGAGAAAACCCUCUUCUUCCCUCUCUACGCCAUCCUCUCCUUCGGCGGGCCCGUCCUCGGCCCUGUCAUCGCCUCCUACAUGGGCGAAGGCACCCUUUCCUGGCGCUGGACCAACUGGAUCAUCCUCAUUCUGGCAGGCUUCAUCCUGGCUCUGAUCCUCCUGCUGCAGCCCGAGACCUACGGCCCCCUACUCCUGAAAUGGAAGGCGCACCAUCUCCGCCAGCAAACGGGCGACAAUCGCUACCGCUCAUCAAUGGAUCUGCAGGAGACGGCGCUGUUCUCUCGCAUCGGAACCGCCUGCAUGCGACAAUUCGCCCUGACCAUCCACGAACCCAUCAUCCUGCUAAUCUCCCUCUACAUGACCGUCAUCUACAUCGUACUCUUCACUUUCUUCGACGGAUACACGUAUAUUUUAGCGACGUGCACGGCCUCUCCAAGGCCUGACCACAUCGUCUGGGUCGCCAUGUACGUCGGCAUUUCAAUGGCCGGACUCUUCGUCCCCGUCGUGUACCAACACAAGCACGUCGCUCGUCCCGAGAACCGUCUCUGGUUCGCCAUGCUCGGUGCCCCCGCCAUUCCCAUUGGGUUAUUCUGGAUGGGAUGGACUGACUACAGCUCAAUUUCAAUCUGGUCCCCCAUCAUCGCAUCCACCGUCUUCGGCUUCGGCACCAUCUGCGUCUUCAUCUCCUCGUACAUGUACGUCAUCGACGCAUACGACAUCUACGCCGCCUCUGCGCUGGGCUUCAUGACGGUAUCGCGCUACUGUGCGGCAGGCGGGAUGACGGUCGUGGGGAUCCCGUUUUAUAGUAAUAUGGGGGUGCAUUGGACGUUGACGAUCUUGGGGGCGAUUAGUGCGUUGAUGACUCCUGUGCCGUAUGUGUUUUAUCGCUAUGGAGUGGUGAUUCGGGGGUGGAGUCGGUAUGCGGUUUAG